AUGACAAGCACGGCGGUCACGGUGGAUACGGAGGUGGCGGUCACGGUGGAUACGGAGGUGGCGGUCACGGUGGAUACGGAGGUGGCGGUCACGGUGGAUACGGAGGUGGCGGUCACGGUGGAUACGGAGGUGGCGGUCACGGUGGAUACGGAGGUGGCGGUCACGGUGGAUACGGAGGUGGCGGUCACGGUGGAUACGGAGGUGGCGGUCACGGAGGAGGGAGAGGCGGGGGUGGGCGGCCAAGGAGGGGGAAAAGGUAGCGGCGGCCCAGGAGGAGGAAAAGGUGGAGGCGGCGGUGGUCAAGGUGGAGGAAAAGGCGGAGGCGGCGGUCAAGGGGGAGGUAAGGGCGGAGGAGGAGGUAAAGGCGGAGGAGGAGGGAAAGGUGGAGGGGGGAAAGGCGGAGGUGGCGGGGGUCAAGGGGGAGGGAAAGGCGGAGGCGGAGGUCAAGGAGGAGGUAAGGGCGGAGGAGGAGGGAAAGGUGGAGGAGGUAAAGGCGGAGGAGGCGGUGGCGGAGGCGGCGGUGAGAAUUAG